AUGGCCGCACUCCAGGACGACUGUUUGUUAUGCGCCAUGAUAAAAGGGCAAAUACCGGUGCUGAAAGUGUUGGAGACGGAGAAAACUCUCGUCUUCUUGGACAUCGGUCCUGUCGCCGAGGGUCAUACUUUGAUCGUACCUAAAUGCGAGGUUCUCCGUAUGCUCGCGUUCUGUGUGAUGCUGAUGGAGGGAGGUGGUCCAGAUCAUUGCAAGACGAUGGAUGAGGUGCCGGAUGGCUAUCUCAUGGAUAUCCUCCCCCUGGCCAAGAAGGUCGCACUUGCGCUCGGUAUCGAGAAUUACAACGUUCUUCAGAACAAUGGAAGGAUUGCGCAUCAGGUCAGUCCCCUGUCGCUUAAAGAGUUCGCAGCCGACGGUCUCUCUCAGCAUAUCUUCCAUGUUCAUUUCCAUCUCAUUCCUAAGCCUAGGGAGAAGGAAGGCUUAGGUGUAGGCUGGCCGAGAGUGGAACCUGGGCUGGACGCGCUGAAGAAAGUGCACGAAAGGGUGCUCUCAAAGCUGUAA